AUGUGGUUAUUUGGUUGGGUUCAAGACGUCUUGUCCAGUUUGGGCUUGUGGAACAAGCACGCUAAGUUGUUAUUCUUGGGAUUGGACAAUGCUGGUAAAACGACCUUGCUCCAUAUGUUGAAGAACGAUCGUUUGGCCACGUUGCAGCCUACCUUGCACCCUACAUCCGAGGAGUUGGCCAUUGGUAACAUCAGAUUCACCACCUUUGACUUGGGUGGUCACCAGCAGGCUCGUCGUUUGUGGAAGGACUACUUCCCUGAGGUGAACGGUAUUGUCUUCUUGGUGGACGCCGCUGACCAGGAGAGAUUGGCCGAAUCCCGUGCAGAGUUGGAGGCCUUGUUCAAGAUCGAGGAGUUGAACAAUGUUCCAUUUUUGAUUUUGGGUAACAAGAUCGAUGCUCCAAACGCUGUCAACGAGACCGAGUUGAAGGCUGCGUUGAACUUGUAUGGAACUACUGGUAAGGACGUGGGCAAGUUGCCUGAGAAUGUGAGACCUAUUGAGGUUUACAUGGUUUCUGUUGUGAUGAGAAUGGGCUACGGAGAUGGCUUUAAGUGGUUGUCGCAGUACAUUUAA